AUGGUACUCGACGAAUCGUCGCAGAAAAUGCUAACGGACCUCAAAAGAAAGCGGGGCGUCAUAAAGGCAUCGUUAAAGCGAAUAAUAACAUUUGUAAACAAAUUUGAUCCCGUCGAACAUGCAAUUUCACUUCUCGAUUUUCGGCAAGAAGAGCUUCCGCAGAUAAAUCGAAAGUUCGAUUCUAUUCAAUGUGAAAUUGAAUUAAUCGCAGUAGAUGAUAUGGAAGGCGCUGAACAAGAGCGAGAAGGGUUUGAGGCUGAUUAUUAUAACAUAAGAUCCCGUAUACAAGAACUAAUAAAUGCAGAAAGACCAACUAGUACGACAGGACAAAACGUGUCAUUUGGAAACACCUCAAUUAGCAAUCGAGCGCAGCUAGCUCCUAUACCAUUACCCAAGUUCAACGGCAACAUUCAAGAUUGGCCAUCAUUCCAUGAUGUUUUUAAGGCAAUGGUUCACCACGACGAUUCACUAUCAGCUGCGCAAAAGUUUUAUUAUUUAAGGUCGAGUCUAACCAACCAAGCGUUAGAUUUAGUCAAAUCAAUACCGAUUACUGAUGCUAACUAUGAAGCCGUGAUUCAAAGGUCGAAACAGCGUUAUGAUAACAAAGGUCUGAUUAUACAAUCACACAUCAGGUCAAUUUUGGAAUCACCAAGAGCAGAAGAGGCAUCGGCAACUUCACUACAAGGUUUAUACUCUCGCGUAUGUGCACACGUAGCAGCAUUGCGAUCAAUAGGGCAACCAGUGGAGCACUGGGAUGCGUGGCUAAUUACCAUUAUCAUAGAAAAACUAGACAAGAAUACUGCUCAUGGGUGGCAACUACACCAAAGAAACACAGAUUUACCAAAAUAUGAACAGUUAAAGGAGUUUUUAUUAGGUCGAUGCAUCGUCUUGCAGAGUACAGAAGCGCAUAUGAAAGGCACGGACAAGCCAACACAUUGCUCCAAAAAUAGAGUAUCAAACACCAGGGGAAAUGGGCAAUCAAGCAUUGUAAGAAAAACACUGCUGAGCGCCAGCAAAAAUCCACAAACACCUUGUCCCUAUUGUAUGGAGGAUCACAAAUUGUUUGCUUGUGAAACCUUCAAGGCUCUCAAAACACCUGCGCGACUGGAUUUUGUGAGAUCCGAAAGAUUAUGCUUCAAUCGCCUUGCUCCAUUUCACAAUGCUGACAGUUGUAAAUCCAUCUACUCGUGUAAGAAAUGUAGCAAAAAGCACAAUAUGAUGUUGCAUUUCGAAGGUCAACAGGGAGCGCUUACAGAACGCUUACUAUCGAAGGUGACAAUGACAGCGUCGUAG